AUUGGUUGGGUAGGAACCUCUUGGUAUAUUCCUUUGAGUGGUUUAUCUAUAUAGUAUUGGUAUUGGCUAACCUCAGUUUUUGUGCUGUCGUCUAUUAUCUGUUUGUUUCCCGCCAUCCAAUUUCAAAGCAUGUCUGCCUUUGUUGGAAAGUAUGCAGAUGAGCUUAUCAAGAAUGCCAAGUAUAUAGCCACCCCUGGCAAGGGUAUCUUGGCAGCAGAUGAGAGCACUGGAACUAUUGGCAAGCGUCUAGCAAGCAUCAACGUUGAGAACAUUGAGGCUAACCGUCAAGCCCUCCGUGAACUUCUCUUCACCUCUCCCAAUGCACUCCAAUACCUCUCCGGUGUCAUCCUCUUUGAGGAAACUCUUUACCAGAAUUCCUCCGAGGGGAAGCCUUUUGUUGAAAUCCUCCAAGAGAACAAUGUCAUACCAGGCAUCAAAGUUGACAAGGGUGUUAUUGAAUUAGCUGGAACAAAUGGUGAAACAACAACACAAGGUUUUGACUCCCUUGGAGCUAGAUGCCAGCAGUAUUACAAAGCUGGAGCGCGGUUUGCCAAGUGGCGUGCGGUCCUCAAGAUUGGUCCCAAUGAGCCCUCUGAGUUGUCUAUCCAGCAAAAUGCACAGGGCUUGGCUCGCUACGCCAUCAUUUGCCAGGAGAAUGGCCUUGUGCCUAUUGUUGAGCCUGAGAUUUUAACCGAUGGAUCUCAUGACAUCGCCAAAUGCGCCGCUGUCACUGAAACUGUACUUGCAGCUGUUUACAAGGCACUGAAUGAUCAGCAUGUCCUUCUUGAAGGAACUCUUCUCAAGCCUAACAUGGUUACCCCAGGUUCUGAUAGUCCAAAGGUAACACCUGAGGUGAUUGGUGAGUACACAGUUACUGCGUUACGCAGAACUGUCCCAGCCGCGGUACCAGGGGUUGUAUUUCUGUCAGGUGGACAAAGUGAAGAACAGGCUACACUAAACCUCGAUGCAAUGAACAAGCUAGAUGUUGUGAAGCCAUGGACACUUUCAUUCUCAUUUGGGAGAGCACUGCAGCAAAGCACACUCAAGACAUGGGCUGGAAAGAAAGAGAAUGUUGGCAAAGCUCAAGAGGUAUUUCUGGCAAGAUGCAAGGCCAAUUCUGAGGCUACUCUUGGGAAAUAUGGUGGUGGAAGUGGAACUGGGUUGGCUUCUGAGAGUUUAUAUGUUAAGGACUAUAAGUAUUAGCCUUCUAAAUGAAGAGGUUGGGGAUUGAUUUCAGGUGGAUGCAUUUUACAUAUGUAAUAUUAUACUGCUUAAAGCUUUUGCUUCUGAUUAACAUGUUUAAUUCUGCAUAUAUAUAUUUAUAAAUAUAAA